GGAAAAAAUGAACCACCCCAAACUGCACCACGUUUUAAUCGAGAGGCAAUCGAACACGUGGCUGAGCAGACGCAGCAGGCCGCAGGGCCUCAUUUUUCUGUGUGACUCCUACAAAUAUUUUCCAUUUCUGAAAGCGAUGGUUGGCGGCUGAAGACACGGCAGUGUUUCCGGCACCCACCCACUCUGACCUCCGCUUGCCCCUUUCUGUGCAACUAUGUCUGGCAGACUUUACUGGCCAGCACACAAGGCAGCUCAGAGCCCCGGUAUCUACCAAGCCAAGCCUAUCUCACCCCAACCCAACUGCCGCCUUGGCCUCUUCCCUGGCCCUGGGAAGAGAAGGGGGCUCCUUGUUCUGCCCUGUGUGCAGAUUCUGCUGGGUCGAGAACCAGCUACCUGGCCAAGGAGGCGGAAUACCUGGGCCUUGGCCUUGCCUGAUUGGCCUGUCAGGAGACCCUCCCCCGCCCAGCAGGCUGUUUACUCACCAGGCCAAUGAGGAGCUUGGGAAGUAGCUUCUGUUGGUCUCGCUUCAUGGUGGGGGGAGGGGGAGCCCCCGCCUGGAUUGCAGCCAGGAUGCUUCACCAUGGUGCUGGAGCUCUACCUGGAUCUGCUCUCCGAGCCCUGCAGGGCAGUCUACAUCUUUGCCAAGAACAACAACAUCCCUUUCAUGAUGAAGAGCAUUGAUAUGCUUAAAGGACAACAGUUCAGUGAGGAAUUUAACAAGGUGAACAUUCUGAGAAAAGUGCCAGUUCUGAAAGAUGGCGACUACACUUUAGAAGAGUGCACAGCCAUCCUUCUCUAUCUGACAAGAAAGUACAACACGGCCAGCCACUGGUACCCACCUGAUAUGAAGAAGCGAGGCCGGGUUGAUGAAUACUUGGCCUGGCAACACAACACCAUCCGGGCCAGUGCUUCCAAAAUCUUAUGGCUCAAGGUGGUAAUCCCCCUCUUCCUUGGCCAGCAAGUACCCCCAGAGAAGCUACAUGACGCAAUAGAGGACCUGAACCUCGCCCUGCAAAAGCUGGAGGAGAAGUUCCUGCAGGACAAGCCCUUCCUCAUUGGCACAGAGAUCUCCCUGGCUGACCUGGUGGCCAUUGUGGAGCUCAUGCAGCCCAUGGGAGCUGGCUGUGACAUCUUCGAAGGCCGGCCUAAACUCCAGGAGUGGCGCAAAAGGGUCGAAGUGACCCUGGGAAAGGAGCUCUUCAUGGAAGCGCAUUCACGGAUCCUGAAUACCCAAGAGCUGCAGAACAUCAGCAUUGACCCAGCACUGAAAGCACAAAUGAAGCCCAUGCUCUUGAAGAUGCUAAAAUAAAUGGGGCUUCUUAGUGCAUCCCUUCAUUCUGUGGGUCUUUUUCUACCACCGGAUUUUGCAUUUUCCUCUCUGCU